AUGAGUCUACGAAUAAUAUUCCCAUUACGAACUAUAGGUACUGAUAAUACAGAUAUACCUACGAUCUUAUCCAAUAUUCAAUCAGAUGAUGUUAGAAGAAUAGUUUUUUUUGAUGAACAUAUAGAAGGGUAUAUCGAAUACAAUGGGCAGCUAGAUCACAAGAAGGAUUUUAUUAAAUUAGAAAUGGCAAUAUUACCCCUGGAUGUUCUUGAAGAAAGUGAUCCACUUAGCUAUACAAGUUCAGAAAGUAAGAUUGAGUUGGUUUUGGGUGAACAUAGUGUGGUACAUGCAAGUGAUUCGGCUAGUAUUUGGAAGUUUGAACUUCCAGUUACAUAUCCUAGAAAACGAUUAAACAAUCCACAACUUUAUGUCCGUUGUGCAUUAGUGGAUACUAAAGGAGAGAAAAAACUUGAGAAGGACGAAACGCUGAAUGUUGUACAACCAGCAGAGGAGACUUUACCGAACUAUUUCCCUUGCAUGAAGAGAAACUUACUUUCAGAGCUAAAUCAUCAACUGGAUUUCAUUGAAGCACCUGCAUUAACUACUGAUAAUUCUAGUUUAACUGUACAGGAGAAGUCAUUUGUUGAAACGACCAUUGUCCAAACCAGCAUUAGCAUACCCGUUACUAUUUCGUUAGUAAUCAAACUCAAGUCUACUAAACCAGCUGGAAGAAAUAACAUGCUUCUUGCCACUCUUAAUGUUGAAUGCUCAGAGGAAUUGGCAAAAGAGAAAAAUGUUGAAAACUUCUAUUUUGAUAUAGUAGAUUUAAAUGUGGGGUUUAAGUCAGGGUCUGUUCAACCGAUUAGCCAAUUGAUACCUUCAAAGAUUGGUUACUCCGAUUCUUUGAAUUUGACUUAUAAGUUCACUAAUUAUGAAGCUGAUUCGAAAGAUAACAAUACCUCCAAACCAAUACACAUAAGCUUAACCUUGCGGGUUCAAGAAAUGAUACAAGGGAAACUCUUGAAUAUUAGUAACACAAUCCAGACAGAGUGGUCACCGUACCUUGAUUUUGGUUUAAUUGCUCCUCCAAUCAAUAAUGCAUUGAAAACUUCCCACACCAACAAUUUGUCACAUAUUCAGACUCAAGGAUCAGCUAUUCCUAUUAAUUCCAAUCGACAAAAGGCACUUCUGAAUAAUAUCUACAAACUCAAAAGUGCUAGUAUGUCUAGUGCCAGUAAUGUUUCUAGUGGUGGAUCCAAUGUGAGACGAUUGAGGCAACCAUUGAUUCAUCCUAGUGGACGAUCAUCUUCUGUAACUGUGAAUCUAACUACUGCUACUAGUUCAACUUUGUCAGGAUUGAAAUUAACAUUCAUUGGCAAGUUGGAUAUAAAACUUGGUGAAGUGGUUAAUUGGAAGAUACAAGCAAUUAAUAAUUCACCCAAUAGAUUAAAUUUAUCAUUAUUGGUCCAAAAUCCAAUUAACUUCAACCCCGUAUAUAGUGGAACUAAUGCCACCACAAAUAACUUUUCGUCGUCAAAUUUGCUUCACAAAGUUGGGAAGGCCAAUAGUCGAGGCGAUGUUAUAAUCUACAAUAAGCUGCAGUUGAACGCUUUAUAUAAUUCAUUGAAGGCUGAUGGAGAAGGGGGAGAAGGUGUUUUGAUUCUUAACAAUGAUAUUAGAAUUGGUCCAUUGGAUCCUAACACUGUAUUUGAAACUGAAAUACAAUUGGUUGGAAUUUCCAAAGGUAUUUUUAACUUGGAUGGAGUCAAGGUCUUUGAUAUUAACAGUGGUGACGGUUUAGAUUUUGGUAAAUUACUUGAAGUUUUUGUAGUAUAA